AUGGCCGGGAUGGGUGGGCACCAGAGGCAGAUGAUGGAGGAUGCGGCGGAGGACAAGUUCCCGGAGGGGUUGCGUGUGCUCGCGGUGGACGACGACCGCGUCUGCCUCAAGGUACUAGAGGCCCUCUUACCGGAGGGGUUGCGUGAGCUCAUUGGCCUCGAGAUGGAUCUGCCCGUCAUCAUGCUAUCAGUGGAUUGCGACAAGAAGGCCGUGAUGAAGGGGAUAAACUAUGGGGCGUGUGACUAUUUGAUGAAGCCAGUGCAAACCAACGAGCUCAAAAACAUAUGGCAGCAUGUUGAGAGUAGGAGAAGAUCCCAAUCAAUAAGCCACAUGAGUAGGGAUAAUGAUGACGGCCAGAGAGUACAUACUGGGACUCUUGCCAAGAGUAAGGACUCAAAGAGUAAGAGCAAUGAUGAAGAUGGUUCUAAUGAGAACAAAGAGAGCACUCAUGCAUCCACUACCCAGAAGAAGAUGAGGGUGGCAUGGACAACUGAGCUUCAUAACAAGUUUCUAGAAGCUAUCUACCAGAUCGGCCUUGAAAAGGCUGCUCCAAACAAGAUAUUGGAGCUGAUGAAUGUGGAUUGCCUCACUAGACAUAAUAUUGCGAGUCAUCUACAGAAGUAUAGAUUGUACUUGAAUAGAGUCAAAUCAAAUCCACUCGGUGAUGCAAGGGAAAGACAAAACUCAUCCAUGGGGAAUCAGGGGAAUUUUAUGCAUAACCAUGAGCAUGGAAGAUGGCAUGUGUCCUCGUGUAGCAACCCCUCCUGGAUUCCAAAUUAUUUCGGUGCAACUAGUCAAUUAGGCCAGCUGACGGACAAUCAGAGCAACUUGUGCAUGGGGUCGUUAAUCCAUGGUGGAAGAAUGUCGAGGUAUUUGGUUCCAAACACACCGGAUGCGAGAAGAUUUGCAGAUCCCGAAGACCCUCCCAUUAGCCUAUACAAUGGCAUACUCGAUGACAUAAUGUUAGAUGAAUUUUCCUCGUAUAGCUCUGGUACUUCCUAUGUUGACUCCAUGCGUGGAAUGUUUAUGGAGACAAGUAAAGGAAAAACCCCAUCAAAUCUUCGAAGUCACUUAACAAACACAUCAGGUGGUGGCGGGAGCUCUGCACCCACAAAUGAGUACCAGGUGCAACCUCUCGAGUCUAUUAAACAUUAUCAUACCCACAUGAAUGCACCUUCUACACAGAUGCUUGGCAUAGUUGUUCCAUUUUUCUAG